AUGAGGUUCCUGUGUUGUUCCAGUGGCCUGGUUCUGUCGGCCUUGGCUCUGAUUCUGUUCAGUUCAGGUGCUGAAUGUCAGCCCAACCGAGACCAGAACCAUAAUGUAGAUUUGGACCUGGAGCUGAGGCACCACAGACUUCUGCAGCGCACUCGCAACGCCGACCUGAUGACCCAGGAGUGGAGUAAGCGUGCUGUAGAGGAGCUGCUAUCCCAGCUCUCCCUGCCAGAGGGCGACACUCAGCGAGAAGCAGAGGUUAUUUCCAUGGGGGCUGGGGAGGCACCAGAGGACUCACUGAGGAUGGAGCUCGAGCGCUCAGUUGAUCCCCCAUACAAUCUGCCCCCCCGCGAGCGCAAAGCCGGCUGCAAGAACUUCUACUGGAAAGGAUUCACUUCCUGUUGA